AUGUUGGGAAGCAAGCAUACCAACUGCGACUUGGCUGGAACAAGUACCCACCAGAUGACCUUCGACCGUGCUGGACACAACACUACUAUUUCGGUACGGAUCGAUGUCAGGCCAGAUGAGAAGUUCUCAUGCCUCCGAGCCGUUGACGCCGACUUCUGGAUUCGAGACGAGACCUUGAUCGACCGGCACCUGGGCUAUAUCUCAGCCUACACACUGGACAAGACGACAAUGAGCGUCACGGGGUCUCUUUCUUGGCUUACCGAGUUACUGGAGUUCUCUGCGCGGCAGAAGGUACCGCACCGUUUCCACGCGGCACUGGGAGCCAGGAUCGACGACACGCAACGUAUCUUUCAGCUGAUGUUCGAUCAGAAUGGUAGUGUUCGUGAGGAGUUCGAGUCAUUCAAAGCUGACUUGACUGGGCGCAAGAUCCACUAUGUAUCCUUCUUCAUUCUCAACGAUGCCUUCAUUGGUCAAGGUCUCGGUCCUCUGGCAAUGAAGACAUAUUUCUCCGCUCUUCGACGACUUUCAAACGGCGAUGACUUGCACGGCACUGUGGUUCUCUCCGCUGCCGGGGUCAGUGAGAUCUGGCAGCGGUUAUGCCAAUCUAGAGCUAAUACGGGUGAGCAUGUAUACGCUCACAGUCAGGUGCAAAACUUACUGAUUAAUGGGUACAGGAAGUCUAAAUACAAGCUUUGGCUCAAAGUUGACGCUACUGCAGAAGGUGGCGACAUGGCCAUCAUGGGCCAAGUCUUGGAUCCAUUUGCGGACAUUUCGUAUGGCCCGGAUGACGACUGGGAGAUGGACGACGAUAUGGAUAGCGUUGUCCGAGAGCACGAUGUCGACGAAGAGCUUGUCGCCAUGAUGGAACUUGACGAUGAUCAUCCCAGCAUCGCUCAACACCUCUGCAACGCAUCCCCAGAGCGGGUCCUGCUGAAUGACAGUGACGACAGUGAUCACGACGUAUAUCCUCCGCCGACGUUCCGUUCUACUGCGGUCUCCGCGCAAGACCCAUCGAAGCCUGACCGGACCGUACUUGCACGUCUCAUUCGCUGCGAAGCGACUUAUCGUUGGCGUGGACUCCGCUUCUUGGUGGACGAAUGUAUUGAGCUGAAGUGGCUGCUUGGUGCGAAAGAAUCUAAUCGAGCAUUGAUCGAAGCACUGUUUCCUCACCAUCAGCUGCCGCCGCCGGCUCGUCGUUCUACAGCCCUGACACCUGGAGUCCUGGCGCUGAGGGGCAUAGUAGCAUAG